AUGUCGAUAACUACGAUGACUACAAUGAGACGCGAAAGAGGGUUACCACAAUUACAAUGUAAUCGUUACCACUAUCUCUUUCAAUUCGGAUGUAACCUAGCCGAUUUAGGUUACGCCGUAAAGCGCCCUGAAUUCAUCAGUGACAUCAUGGAACGAUCUGUGGCGUCGAAGCAACGGCAAUCUUCCAAGCAGCAGAAGCCUUCUGAGCCGGCUGUGCAACAAAGCCCACCGGCGCCACUGUUUUCUGGACCGAAUCUUCAGAAGAACCUCGCCGCUGUGAACCUCAGUCGCACAUACCUUGCCAUUAUAGCAGGUGUAGUGGCAGGCAUAUUGGGGCUGACAGGAAUAUCAGGGUUCCUUUGUUACAUAUUUGUCAUGGCCCUUGGGGCUGUCGGCCUGUUUAUCAAGACUGGGUUUCACAUAAACAAGUACUUUGACACUUGGCAACGGAUAGGUGGAAUGGAUGGCCUCACGCAAGGUGCCAUGUCAUUUGUGCUCUUCUGGACUGGAUCUUUACCACGAAAACAAGCAUACCGAUUGAAUGCAGACAUUGCUGGGAACCAUCACUCACGUCUGUAUCGAGAGACGAACAUCCACUUCAUCCGCUUCUUGGGACCCGCGCAAACAUACCUGUCGGGAAGGAGUUCGAAUUCCUUCAUGGACGCUCUCUUUGCCGCAUAUGCGAGUGACGAUGAGGAAUUUGACGAGACCCUGAAAGAAGAUAAGGAGAAGGAAAACGGGUUUCUUGGAAAGUGUAGAAGAGACGAGGCAGGAGAUGCAGAUGGACGGGAAGGGGAGAAGACGAACACAGUCAAUGAUGGGGAGGGGUACGCUGUAUGUAAGAAGAGACGGAUUAAUCUGGCAGACCCGACGAGCGGUGGAGCGCGGGGAGAGGAAGUGAAGAAAGAAGUCGGAGGGAGUAGAGACGUCGAAGAGAGGAGAGUAGUCGAAGACAGAAGAGGAGGCGAAGACACAGCUGCCGAAAGGAGCGGAAAUGCCGAUGCUCUUAGAACCGACUGGCGUGACGCCGACGACAGACGAUAUCCGUCAGCGGUGAUGAGCGACAGACAGACCUCGUCAGACAGGAUGCAUGACGGAGGGAGAGCAGAUGCUGCUGCAUCAGUGGCGCUUCCACCUCCCCCAGAUGACCUUUUUGCUGAUGCACAAGGUGAGGUGGCUAAAGCAAAGGUCAAAGCGGACUACGGAGGGAGAGUGCGAACGUUCCCCCACGUUGAGGGCAAUUUUGCCGUUCAUGUGUUCAUUCCAGUGGCCAUCCCUGCCUCUCUGCAACCACUACUCGAGUCACAUCUCCUCACUGCCAUCAGAGCCCUCCCUGCACUGUCUCCUGUAGACCCGGACUCUCUUAAAGCUGCUCCGAAGCAAUCAGGGGCUGUGGCAGCGGCUGUAGAUGCGCAUACGGCAGGAGGACGGUUCAUUGCAGGAGCAGUGCCAAUGCUGGAUGACAGGGUGCAUGGAAGUGCCCACCGGUCCUCUCUUGACAGUGCCCCCGUUGCUGCUGCGGCUGUUACUGCUGCUGUGCACGCCCUGGUUACAGGGGAGUUCCACAUGACGGCUGCUCGCACUGUCCCCAUCCGCUUCCACCAAAUCGACUCCCUUCUCAGCCUGCUGCGUUUGCGACUCAAGCCUUUGAAACGCUUCCACUUGCAUUUGGACAAGUGGACAGCAUUUGUCAACGAUGAGAAGACUCGAUCCUUCCUCGCCCUUGAAGGCACACGGGAGGGAGUGCCGGAGUUCACCUCUCUGGUUCAGUGUAUCGACCAGGCAUAUGCCGUUCAUGGCCUUCCUCCAUACUACGAUGUAUGCACGCCUAAGGCGAGCUCGAAGGUCGGCGGCUCGGGCGCGAAGGGAUCGGCGCAAGCGGGGAAGAAGGAAGCGGAGAAUGCAGGAGAUGCGGAGGCGGGGGAAAGUGACGUCAUUUUGACGUCAGUUCACCCUAAGGAUCUUUUGGACCUGAAAGAAAACACCCUUUUUGAGCUUAGCGAGGAGCAUUUGCAGCAGUACUUACCCGAGGGUCUCCCUCCUUCAAUAGAAAAAGAGUUUGAGGCCUCAAAGUCCCGUGCCAUUCUUCUUCGGGCAGCCACAAAAGAUUUCAUUCACAAGCUUCAAGCUGCCCGAGAUCACCAGUCCAGUUCAUCAGACGCAAGUCCCGUGGAACCUUCCAACAGCCCUGAAGGGCAGAUUAAAAAUUCCUCUCCUGGCUCGUUUCUGCUCCGAGGCCAUCCGGGCAGCGGGAAAUCUUGUCUCCUGCUGACCGCUGUGCUCUGGGCCCGUGCAAACGGGUGGUUGGUUUUUUAUGUGCCCAAGGCGAGAGAAUGGACUAAUAACGGAGUGUACUAUAAGCAUCCUGAGACUGUGGGGGAGGAGGGGGGACAGGAGGGAGGGAGUGUGGUGGGGGAUGGAGGAGAGGGGAGGGUGGCAGUUGGAGGGAGAAGAAAGGCGAUUUGGGAUACCCCCAUACAAGCACAAGCAACACUCAAGUCAUUUCUUGCAGCCCACCAGGAGAUUCUGUCCUCUCUGCCCAUUCAGCUGCCCGAACUUAUCACUCUGGGAGAGGGGCCAGGCAUCGGUUUGGCUCGGGGCAGCCAGAUCGUAUCGCCGGGCUCUGAUUGGUCGCUGGGAGAUCUCGUGAAAUAUGGAGCGGACCACUCACACGCUGCCACGAGUGUUGUGGUUCGGUUGAGAGAGGAGCUGGGAAGGGUGACUUCUGUUCCUACCAUGAUUGCUGUUGAUGAGUUCAACGCGUGGUUCACAUUUGCAGGGUUCUUCGAGUCUACAGGAGACAGAAGUCGGAGGCAGAUCCAUGCCGGGGAGAUGCGCAUGGUGAACGCCUUUCGCUCUUUAGAAGCCACUGGCAUCAUUGCAGCUGCAUUUUCCGAGUCCAUAGCAGUGGGGAGGCUGCCUGCUGUGCUGCCGGGGAUGCCUAAGGGCGUGCGGCUGAACGUGCCACGCUUCACUGUUGAUGAGACGCUUGCUCUGCUGCAGCACUACCAGAAGAGCUGCAAGCUGGGGCGUGUGACGGAUGACGAGGAGGCUAUUAAAGAGGCUGCUGUGCGUGCAUGCAUGGUUACAGGGGGAAAUGCAGCGCAGCUUAGAAACGUUGCACAUUUUCUAAGAAUGUCGACCUUGAAAUGGAACCUAACUCCGCUUACGGACCCAACUGUUGCUGCAUCGUGGAAAGACGGCGACACGACGAAACCGCGAUCGAAGAUCAUUCACCUGAUUCGUCACGGACAGGCAGUGCACAAUUUGGUGAUGGACACGGAGCAGUAUAAGCUCGAAAAGUUUCUCGACUGCCCGCUCAGCACCCAAGGAUUUGAGCAGGUAGCAGAGCUGCGCAGGCAAGUAGCAGCCAACCCUCCUCCAGGCUUUCCUGCUGACCUGAUAGUCGUCUCCCCCCUGCUGCGCACACUGCAAACAGCAGUGGGCGCCUUUGGCCCUCCUAACACGGCAAUUCCAGUCGACCUUCCCCCAAAAGACGCAGCUUCCAAGAACCUUCCCGUUGUGGACGGGUGCACAGCAGGAACCAAUGGGGUGGAAGCUGUUGUCCCUGCGACUGUUGUGACGGCUCCUGUGACAACCGAAGGCGGUUACCAGGUUACCACCACGCUGCCAGCACACAUCCUGGCCAACGAGCUUUGCAGAGAAACGCUGCACGUGCAUGUGUGCGACAAACGCCGCCCAAUCAGAGAGAAGAAGGGCCUCUUCCCCUCUGUGGACUUCAGUCAGAUCACGGAUGACGAGGACGCGCUGUGGAAGGUGGAGCCCAGGGAGACUCGUGAGGAGAUUGCGCAACGAGCCACUAAUCUCGCUGCAUGGCUGCUCGGACUGAAGGAGCAAUCCAUAGCAGUUGUCUCUCACAGUGGGUUCCUCCAUGCCUUCGCCACAGUUGGCCUGCCCGCACAUCUACGGCCCGAGAACAAGCUCGUCUAUUUUGAGAACUGCCGGCUACGCUCGUACAUCCUCUCAGCAGAAGACUGA